CGGAAGUGGAAGGCGGAAGUUAGUUAAACGCGGCAAGUUGUUGCGAACUCCAGUUCUUGUUGGCAACAAUGGAGGAGAAUGGUAAAGUGCUUGAUAAUUGGCGGACGAGUUUAUUGUCUCGGCUGCCGCAUGUACAACUUACUACUGGGGUUGUUCUGACUGUGUUGAUGUCUCUAGUAGUCUCCGCUCCGGCACUAAUGAGAGUGGGCGAGAACGAUGAGCUGGGACCUCGGUUUGAUUUAGAGCCUGGAUCGCUGGAAACCGCCACAGUGUACAGAUUGUUCAUCUACAUCUAUUUCCAUGAGGAUUUUUCAUCUCUGGCGUGCAGCUUCCUGAUGAUUUGGUACUUUGGAGGAGGCUUUGAGGAGAAUGUUGGUACAGCAAAGUUUUGGCUUCUCACGCCUGUCUUCGCAGUCUCUUCGGGACUUCUCUACCUAGCAAUCCUGGCCACAGGCCUCAGUUGGCAAGCAAAUGUGACCGUCCAAGGCUUCACAAGUGUGGCAUUUGCCAUGUUGAGUGUAUUCACCACUCGGUCCUUCUUGAGACGCAUGCUGUUCUUUGGGUUCAUGGUACCAACUAAAGUGCUGCCUCUAUUCUUUCUGGUCCUGGCAUUAUUUCUUCCCCAUGCUCCGGUUCUCAGCAAUGUUUGUGGUAUUCUAGUUGGCAUUGCUUAUGGAAUGAGCGGCUGCUUUUGUCUUGGUCUUCCUGAGUCGAUAAUGUCUCGAAUAGAUCACACGUUUCCAUGCAGGUUACUGAAACGCAUUCCAAUUUGGACUUAUGUGCCUGGUUCUUCUGCUGAGAGGAAUGCUGCCCAAAGUAGGAAGAUAAAUCCACCACCAGGAUCCUACCCCACACAGCAGUAUUACACUCCUCCUCAAGGACUCCAUGAUGCCUAUUCACCCUAUCACAAUCUGAAACCUACUGGAAAUUGGCCCCCAUCCAUGGCACCAGCAGGCCCCUCAUCAUAUUCUACGACAUCCCCUCCAGGGGUUUAUCAGAAGCCUCAUACGUGCUCAGGGGGACAUUCUCAUUUAAACACUUCCACAUCUACGACUAUAGGUGGAGCCAGUGUUCCACCCGGAAAUGAUUUGCAGCAAGUACGGACACAGUAAAAAAAAAUAUCAUAGUUCAUGCAUGAGUCAAUCACCUGCUGACAACA